GAUCAGUUAUCCGCAGAUCAUCGACGUAUACGCAUUUGCGUAAAUUCGAUGAACAAUUACCAUCUAAAGUGUCGUCGAAAUGGGUCUAUUAAGAUUCGUGUUUCUAAUUACAAUAGUGUCAGUUUCAUGUAAACCUGUGGAUUUUAAAAAUGUGAGAAUAGAAGAACCACCGCCUCUUGUAAUAGAAGAUACUGUGAAAGUGGUUAAUUCAACUGGACUUGUCAAAGAUGAUAAUACAGUGGUCAAUUCGACUGAUCUAUUGAGGAAUGAAAUGAUUGCUGGGAGAAAUAAGGUCCGCCCUGGCAUGAAUGCAAAUGAAUAUCAUAUAACAUUAACUCCAAAUGUAAAUGCGGGGACUUUUACUGGACUUGCAAGAAUAAACGUCACUAUAGUAGACCUCACUACAAGAGAAGAUGCCAUUAGGUUCUACGCUCCCGGCUUGACUAUAAACUCUGUGCAAUUUACAAUAUUUGGAGGUACCACUGUUCAUUCAGCUAAUUUUGGUUGGGAUGAUGAUGACAUUUUGGAGAUCGAAACCAAUUUUGAGGAAUCACAAUAUAACUUUAUCAUCGAUUACUGGGGCAACCUGCAAGCCCCAGGCACAGGAUUGUACGCAGGACAAUAUGGUGACAACACUUAUGUAGGAAUGAAUUUGCAUCCAACAUAUGCAAGGCAUGUGUUCCCAUGCGUGGAUGAACCAGACGUAGCUGCGGCAGCCACUUUCAUGUUUAACAACAUGCAAUACAGCAACAUACUGGCCAACUCUAUGCUAAUGGAAAAUAGCCAGAACGAAUUCCGCACACUAACAGGACCGCUCCACGUUUGGGGGAUGAUUGCCCAUGACUUCGUUAACAUCAACAUUCCGACUACCAACGUCAUGCUGAUCGGAAGACCAGGUCUUUCCAACCAGGAGAGUCAGGCUUCCAUAGCCAUCAACACUUAUUUUAACAACUUGAAUGAGUGGACUGGGAAGUCUUACCAAGAGAUAAUAGUGGAUCAAGAUGGGAGGAUGAAUAUCAUAGCGUUGCCAGAUGUCUCUACGGAUUGGAAUUCUCUUUCUAUUGUUGGUAUUUGGGAACCCUACGUAUUUAUGGAGGCAACUCAUUCAAUAAAGCAGAGGAAAACAGCACUAAUCAAGAUAGCUGAAGGAAUGUGUAGCCAAUACUUUGGUUACGUGAUCUUCCCAGAGAACUGGAGGUUCGAAUGGGUGGUGUCAGGCCUGUCUACGUAUAUGGCCUAUGAGAUGAUGAGAAUGUUCCAAGGAGACGUAAGCACAGACGUGAACCAAAUAGACGUGAAUGCUAUAUUCGUGACUGAAGUGAUCCAAGAGGCUUUGCUGCAAGAUGCCUAUUCAUCGGCUGCAGUACUCCAACCUGGAGAAAACAUAGAUGACCAAGAUGCUAUCAGAGAUCACAUUAAUGGAGUCCUCAAGUACAAAGCUCCAGCACUUAUGAGAAUGAUGAGAUUGGUUCUUGGAGAUGAAGAUACUGAUUUCAUUCAAAUAGCAGCGAGUGCGUUGCUUAACCGAGCGCCGCUACAACCAGUCAACUCGGUGAGCUUCAUAAGCGCUCUGAACAGUGAGUUCCUCGGCAACAAUAACGGGAAUGUGGGAAAUAUAGAGGAAUACUUAGAACCUUGGCUGUUUAAUAAUGGAUACCCUCUUAUACGCGUCGAUCUGCGACCAGGAAUUGGUGUCUUCCUUUCUCAGGAGCGGUUUGGUUUCGCCAGUCAGCAACAUAUCAACUAUAAUAUUCCAAUCACGUACACCACCAGCCGGGAAUUCAACUUUGAUGCUUCUAGAACAUACCCUGUAGAAAUGAUGGACAAUAGUUUAAGUGUACCCAUGACACUGGAUGAGGAAGACUUUGUGCUCUUCAAUAUUCAAGGACAAGGUUACUAUCGCGUCAAUUAUGACGAUGCACUUUGGGAAAGAAUUAUUGAGGCUCUAGAAGAACCGGAGAUCAGGGAUAGAAUUCAUCCACUCAAUCGUGCUACGCUAGUAGACGAUGCUCUCAAUGUAGCGAGGAAGGGAAUCCUGGACUAUGAAAUCGCGUUCCACGUUGUUCUAACCAUGGAACAUGAGACUGAGUAUGCAGUAUGGAAAGCCUUUGUUAGAAACAUGGAGUUCUUGAGGAAGCGUCUGGUAGCUCUUGUUGAUGAUGAUGAAGAUUUAGAUCCUGACAUUUAUUUGAGAAUGGUCCGACGAACCGUGGGAGGUGUAGAAAGAGAACUUUCAUUUAAUCCUGAUGUAACUCUGACGGAGCCAGUAAUGUCGUCACUCACUAGAGGUCUGGUGAUGGACCAUGCUUGCAGAGCGAGGUACCAGCCUUGCAUUGCUGCUGCUGUUGACUGGUUCUAUGAUCCUAAUAACAAUGAAGUCGUGAAUCCAAACAUUCCUCACGAUAUCAGACCUGCAGUAUACUGUACUAUGGUCAGGGAGGGAGGUGAAGAAGUCAGGGACGCUCUCUUUGAUCGACUCGAGAUUGAACCAACGCAUUACGAGAGGGUCGUAAUCUUGGAGUCUCUGGGCUGCUCGCAAGACUCCGGCUUCAUUCAAGGGUACCUGGCAGAUACAGUAAAUGCUAACAGUCCGUAUCUUGCUGAGGAACGAGUCAAGAUCUUCCGUGCUGUAGCAGAGAGCAGUCAAAGCAAUGCCCUGUUGGCUUACCAACUCAUCUCCACGAGGACUGCUGAUGUUAGAAGAAUGUAUGGUGGUCCCGAAAAACUUGAAGAAGUGAUAUUCGCCCUCGCGGACAACGUCGUUGGAGAAGAUUUUAUUAGAUUCUUCCGAGAAUGGGUGAAUUCAAACUCGAAUCAGUUGGAUGAUUCCGAAGGAGCAGCCCUAAGGGCUUUCGCGCAAGUGUUGCAAAACGAGCAAUGGGAAAACAACCAAAUGAUGGACGUUUAUGAGUGGAUCGACGAAAACCAUGCUCCUACCUUAAUGCUGUCAUUUACUGCACUUCUCGUGUCUAUAUUUGUAGCUUUUCUAAAUAAUUAAUUAGUAUAAAAACUAUUUUUAAGUUUAUUUGAAAAAAUUACUAGUAUUAGGUUGUAAUUAUUAUUUAGAUUAGAAAAACAACUCUACAAUACAAGCUAUAAUAGGUUAAGAGUACAAAUUAAUCAAAGUUGAAUAUAGAAUAUAUUUAGAUAGAUAGGUAGAUAAGAAUGCCUGUAUGAAUCGAUUCUUCGGAAAAGUGAACUCGAUAGUAUCUCGAUAGAUAUUAUUCGUAGUUUCGUUAUGGCUUUUUGUUCGAGUACAAAUCGAUACAAGUACGCUGAAGAUAAAAUAUAUCGAUUAUGUAUUCGAAUAAGCCACAAUGAUCACAUCUUACUACAUCUAUUGUAAUGAGAAUGUUUGACAAAUGUGUGAAUUUUAUUCAAUAAUUAUAUUUUAUUUUAGAAAUAUUUUUCUUUUUGUUUAGGUAGACCAAAAUUGCACAAAGUGAAUUAUUUUAAACUAUUAAUUUUAGAAAAAAUGUAAUCGACUAGAAUAUAGAAUUUUAAUUUUAAAUGAAUUUAUUUAACCAGAGUUAUACAAAAAUAUUAAUUUACUUAGAAUUAUUGGUGAGAAUUAUAUAUUUUUAUUCGAUAAGCUGUUGUUGUAAGUAAUUAUUAAGUUUUUAUUUAAGUUUUUUACUGCAUUUUCACUCAUAUUUUUAUAAUUAAGUAAUUUCUAUAUUUCUAUUUUGUUAUUUAUCGAAAAAAAAAACUAAAUUCGGUGCAAAGCGUCCUCUUGUAUCAAAUUUAGUGUUCGAAAUUAAUUAUAAUUAAAUAAAACAACGUAUAUUAAACAUAUAAAACAUUUAAUCAAUGUAUUAUAAAUAUUGUUAAUAAAUUAAAUACUUAGACUUAAGGCACAUAUAAUUUUGUAUCUAUAAUCUAAAACCUUAUUAUUGUAAUAUGUACAUAUUGCAAAAUAGAUAGAUAUAGAUAGAUAGUUAAAUAAAUCGGUUAAGAAUCAUAAAAA